AUGCCUGCUGAUUGGGAGGCCUUAUUCCUGGGCCGGAAUAGCUCUGACGCAGCGACUGAACAUGCAGCCCUGGAACUGCGUCGAAUACUGUGGCGGGCGGCCAUCCGUGGUGAGCAAAUGCCUCUAGCAGAAGCCAGUUCAACAUCGUGUUAUCGCUCGACCAUGGUACCGCUGGAAACAAGAAGACACGCAAGACCACUCAAUACGGCCGAUUCCUGGCUCUCGCCGGGCUAUGUCUAUGGUCAUUGCGAUUUCUGGAGUUUCGACGUCGGACGCGUGUAUUCGCACCAAGACCUAAUAAGACCGAUAAACCGGCAAUAG